UCGGCCCCGGGCUCGCGCCGCCGCUGCCGCCGCGCGCGCGCAGCUCAAGUAAAGGAGGAAAAAAAAAAGGGGGAAAAAAUAGAAAGCGGCGGCGGCUGCAGCAGCGAUCCGCCGCCGUACUGGGCCAGGCCGGGCGGCGGACGCGCAAGCCGGCGAUCUGGGGGAGAGGCGGAGGCCAUCCAGGGCGGGCCGGGUUUAAAAAAAAAGUCGCGGCGGCGGCUACUCAGAGAAGGAGGCCCAAGGGCCGCGUGCAGCGGGCAGGGGGCGGCUGCGCUGCGUCCCGGAGCCUAGAGCCGCCGGGAGCCGGCCGGCGGGCGAGCAGGCGGAGGCGGCUGCUGGAGCAGCAGCGGCGGCGGCGGCGGCGGCGGCGGCAUCUCCUCCUCACAUGACCCCACUGUUUGUCCCCGUGAUCAGCGCGAGCGGCUCCCGUGUCUCCUCCGUCCCCUCCUGCCGCGCGGCGUGAGCGCCGGGCUCGGGGCCCCCCCGGCCGCCCGCCCCCUCCCCUCCCUCCCCUCCCCUCCCCUCCCCUCCCCCCCGGGCCCGGCGCCCCCCCCACCCCCACCCCCCCCAUGGACAUGCUGGACCCGGGUCUGGAUCCCGCUGCCUCGGCCACCGCUGCUGCCGCCGCCAGUCACGACAAGGGACCCGAGGCAGAGGAGGGUGUCGAACUGCAGGAAGGCGGGGACGGGCCUGGGGCGGAGGAGCAGACGGCGGUGGCCAUCGCCAGCGUCCAGCAGGCGGCGUUCGGCGACCACAACAUCCAGUACCAGUUCCGCACAGAGAAUAAUGGAGGACAGGUGACGUACCGCGUAGUCCAGGUGACUGAUGGUCAGCUGGACGGCCAGGGCGACACAGCAGGCGCCGUCAGCGUCGUGUCUACGGCUGCCUUCGCAGGGGGGCAGCAGGCUGUGACCCAGGUGGGUGUGGAUGGGGCCACCCAGCGCCCCGGCCCCGCUGCUGCCUCUGUGCCCCCAGGUCCCGCAGCGCCCUUCCCACUGGCUGUUAUCCAAAAUCCCUUCAGCAAUGGUGGCAGCCCGGCUGCUGAGGCUGUCAGUGGGGAGGCCCGGUUUGCCUAUUUCCCAGCGUCCAGUGUGGGAGAUACCACAGCUGUGUCCGUACAGACCACAGACCAGAGCUUGCAGGCUGGAGGCCAGUUCUAUGUCAUGAUGACGCCCCAGGACGUGCUUCAGACAGGAACGCAGAGGACAAUUGCACCUCGGACACACCCCUACUCCCCGAAAAUCGACGGGACGAGAACGCCACGGGAUGAGAGAAGGAGAGCUCAGCACAAUGAAGUGGAGCGGAGGCGGAGGGACAAGAUCAACAACUGGAUCGUCCAGCUUUCAAAAAUCAUUCCAGAUUGUAAUGCAGAUAAUAGCAAGACAGGAGCGAGUAAAGGAGGGAUCCUGUCAAAGGCCUGCGACUACAUCCGGGAGCUGCGCCAGACCAACCAGCGCAUGCAGGAGACCUUCAAGGAGGCCGAGCGGCUGCAGAUGGACAAUGAGCUCCUGCGGCAACAGAUCGAGGAGCUGAAGAACGAGAACGCCGUGCUCCGCGCCCAGCUGCAGCAGCACAACCUGGAGAUGGUGGGCGAGAGCGCCCGGCAGUGACACCACCUACCAUGCGGCGGGGGCCGCCUCCAGGCCCCCACCGUCCCCUUCCCCAGCCCUUAGCACAGAGAGGGACAGACGCCCCUCCCCCAGCUGCGUUUUUUAUAGUAGAUUUUUAACAAAAAAAUGGGGAGAAAUAAUGCAUUUCUGUGGAUAAGCGCCCACCACCCUCCUCAACUUGGAAACCAUAUCCCCUCCCCCAUUUGUCCGUCUCCCUUCUCCCGGCCCCCACUCAACCCGGCACUUCUGGUGGUCUCACCUGGAGGCCAGAGGGAGGAGGACAGAGCCCCUGCCACACCCCGCUGCCUCCUCGGACUCCCGAGGUACUGAGACCAGGGUGCUUAUGGGGAGGAGGGGGUCCUGCGGGGGGCCUGGACCCAAGCAGGGAGGCCACGUCCCACCCCACCUCUUGUUUCUGGAACCCUUCUCCCCUCUGGGUGUGUGAGUGCGUUCUAAUUUUCUUUAUGGAAAAAAUGGACAAAAAAAAUAGAGAGAGAGAGGUAUUUAACUGCAAUAAACUGGCCCCAUGUGGCCCCGCCUUGUC